GCAGUCAGCCCCCCAGCUUACUGCUUGCAAGUAGUACCAUGCCAGGGGGAGACCACACAAUUUCCACGUCUUCUUUAUUAAGUGGGAGCCUCUCUGUUACCUCUUGACAGUAGCAAGAAUAAGAUCACUGGAGUGAAUGAGAAAUGAUCAGGUGAAUAUCAGUAAAGGAAAGAGAGGUCCCCCUUUCUAUGAAUUUGGCUGAGAAAGGCAGGAUCGAUUUAAGAGAGUGGCUUGCGGGAAUGUUAGGGUCCAAUGAAGCCUUUUUUAAGGAGGGCAGCUGGGAAGGAGCCAGUGACUGGAGGAGGGGGAGGGAAGAUCUGAGACAAGGUGAUGAAAUGCACUAGUCGAAAGUCGCCCGGUGCCAAACGCAAUACUUUGACCGGCUGUGCACGGGGCAGAGAAAGGCGCUGGAUCCAGACAGAGGAAGUGACCCUCUAUGGGGCACUGAAUGCCCAUCACACGCAGCCCCGGGGAAAGAAAACAGCCUCAGACAGGCCUGCAGCAGCCCAGGAACCAGGGCGGCGGCUCGCAGCCAGAACCUACGUCAGCCAACCACGAAGGGCGGCGCAACAAUGGGGCACCUGACAGCCAAUCCUCGGCGAGCUCUCGGCCCCAGCUCGUCUCCGUCCAAUGAAGUGCCCAAACGGCAUGAUCCUGCGCGAUCGUCGCCCGCCUAGAUUCCUGGCUGUCUUUUUGGCAGUUGGCUGUUGAUUACUCCCGCAAAGAGUUUGAGAGCGGGGUCGAGGGGCAGGGCUUCGAGAGCGGCCCUAUAAAGGCUGGGGCCGGCCUCCCAUAACUCCUGCCCGGUCGCCUUUCUCCACCUUUGGCCUCCGGACCUAGGCCGGCGCAUAGUCCCUUUUGCGAUCACGCCUGCGCAGAGUGGGAGGGGGUUUGGUAGGGUGUGUGGAGGCGUGCCGGUAGACUCCCUUCCGGAGGGCCCUGCCGAGCCGCGCCUGCGCAGAGGUGCCUGGUCGGUUCCGCAGAAAUGCAGUCCCUGCUGUCCCUGUGCGCUGUGCAGGUGACCCGACACCAGACUCUGGCGUGCCGGGCUCUGGCCUCCCUGCCUCGGGAGCUGUACCCGGCCUUAUUCCAGGCCGCCUUCAUGUAUGGCAGAACGCUGGUGCUGCAGGCACUGGUGCAGACGUGGCCCUACCCAUGCCUCAGCUUCCGGCAGCUGCUGCCCAAGCCCAAGCAGCUAGGCUGGCCCGAGCGGCCCCGCAAGGAGAGUGUCCAAGCCGUGAUCCUGGCGCUGCUCGCAGCGCCGCGCAGCAGGGAAUCUAGCAGCAGGAGGCCUCAGCUUCGGGUGUUAGACAUGACCGGCUUCCUGGAUGCCAGCUGUGGGCAGGACCCCACAACCAUGAGCAUGUGGGCUCGCUCAGUGGCUGUGGCAAGGACCUGUCUCAGUGCCCAGACUCAGGCCAGAGCAGCUCAACGCUUAGCCAAGCGCCGCAAGCUGGAGCCUCAGGCUCCUGUCACUAAUCCUGUGGAAGUGCACACUGACCUGCUGGUGAACCGAACUUCUUACAGUGUCCUGAAGGAGGCUCUCCAGACCAGUACUUGUGGCCCCCUUCGCCUUCGCUGCAGGGACCUUUGGGCUGAGGAACUGUCAGGUCCUAGCACUGUAGCUCUCUUGGAGCUGCUGGACCCAGUGUGCUUGCGCCAGGUAGACCUUCGCUUCAAUAACCUGGGACUUUCAGGCCUGUGUACUGUCGUGCCCCACAUGGCCAAGUUCACCCACCUGUUGAGCCUGAAGCUACAAUACAGCAAUGUGGAUGUGCGGAGGCUCACAGCUGAGGCAGAAAACAGCUUCCAACACUUUGUUUCUGCAAUUGGCCAGCUGAGGUGCCUCAAGGAACUCAACAUGGGUUCCUCUAGACUCUCAGGGCGCCUUCAUCAGCUCCUUAGCAGCCUACAGGGCCCUCUGGAAAGCCUGGAACUUCCCUUCUGUGCCCUUCUCCCUGGGGACUUGAGUUAUUUGGCCCAGAGCCCCCAUGCCACCCAUCUCAAGAAGCUGGACCUCAGUGGCAACAAACUAUCUGGUGACUUCCUGGGCCCCUUUCAGAGACUACUGAGAGAAGCCUCAGCCUCCCUGCUAUGUCUGGAUGUGACAGAGUGCCAGCUCAUGGAUGUCCACCUUGUUAGCACCUUGCCUGCCCUACGCUGCUGUACCCACCUCCGCUACCUUGGUCUCUAUGGUAACCCUCUUGCUAGUGCUGGAAUGAAAACCUUGAUUGAACACUCACAGACAUUUCGUGAGCUCCAGCUGGUUGUAUACCCAGUCCCUGUGGAUUGCUAUAAGGACCUGCCAUGGCCACCCUCUUCAGCCAAUCUCCUAGAGGGUACUGUGGAUGAAGAGAAGCUUGCCAGCGUGCAAGCUGAGCUGCAGCAGUUAAUACGGGCCACACAGCACCAAGAUGUGCUAUGGACUAUGGACAUCUAUGGCCACAGCAGUUUUGACUACUUUAGCCUGUAGUAUAUGUAUAUUUAUGGAGGGGAGGGGAGGGGUGGAGUGGGGAGGGGAGGGCAGGGAAAGUGUGGGGAGAAACAGUAUUCUGCUUUGCUAUAUUGAUGCAGGAUCAUCCCAAGGCAGUGAGUGCCUCCUCUGAGCUUUGGCAGAACCAGAUAUAUACUCCUGGAUGGGUUAAGGGGGUUAUAGAUUUUCUUUGCCUGUCCAUGCUGGACAUAUUGGCAGAAUUGCUCUAGGGCCUUUCUGGCUUUCAAAGAGAUUUUUUUUUUCACCCUCUGCCUUCCUGGGGGUAUUUAUUUGUAAUAAACUCCAGGACCCAUGAGCUAUUGCACAAAACCUGAACUUCUGGUCACUCCCCUAGUGUUCUUCCCCACUCCCCACCCCCCACCCUGUCAGUUCCCCCCACCUGUCACAGACGCUCACAGACCACAACACCAAAAAUAAAGGCAAUAGCAACGUAAA